AUGUCCGGACAACGACCAUUAGCGACACUCGAUGUCUCCCAAGUGGAGGGCACAUGGCAAGGAUCCUUGGUGAAUGCGAUUUUGUGGAUGGACGAUACCUUGGGUGCGGACCAAUGGACGACUCGGCAAAUUGCUGUGGUCUCGAUUCUAUCCAUUGGAGUCGUCCAAUUCACCAUUGGCGACUGGAAGAAGGUCAAGUGGUUUUCCUUUUGGCAUGCUGUGCUUUCGGGAUACGGGAGUCUGAUCUGCGUCUUGCUGAAUUACUUUGCGGCCUAUCGAAUGACGGGGUACACGGAACCCAUGGGGAGCGUUCUGUGCCAGGGACCUUUGACCAGUUUGCAUCGAAUUGUGCCUGCUAUUACCAUGGGAUUUGGAAUGUUUGAUAUCAUGGAAGGAUUUGCCAAUGGAAUUGAUUUCAUGUUACACGGUCUGGCAACAUCCUUCAUCAUGGGUUACUUUACGGAAUAUGAUAUUGGUGAAAUUGUGACCCCCAUGCUCUUGAUGGAAAUUUCGACGCCUUUCUUGACUCUAACACGAUUCGAACUCUUCAAUGACAAGGCAAUCACAAUCAAUAUGGGAUUAUUUGUCCUUUCCUUUUUCUUUUAUCGCUGUUUGGUGGUGCCCUAUAUCAUGUUUGAAGUGUUCACCACGUUAAUGAAACAUCGGAAUGACCCCGCCAGUCAGGAAUGUUUGCCAUGGCACUUGCCACAUGUCGUAUUUACCUUUUCCGUAUUCUUUUGCACUCUUAAUUUCUACUGGAUGUACAAGAUUGUUAAAAAGGUACAGCGCAAACUGAGCGGCGAAGAAAAGCUGAAAGACAAGAACGAUGUCAGCAAUCAUCGCAAGGAAGAGUAA